AUGACGCAAGUACCGAGGCGCACACCGGUGUUGAGCAUCAACGAAGCUGUGUCCUUGGUUGAGCAUGUGAAAGUUCCGGCUCAAGACAGCGAGACGGAAUUCGAUGUGACUAUGGGAGGCGCCGUGAAGCCCACAGAGCCAUUCCCACCCACCGUUGGCGAGCUCUUAGAGGAUGCCAGGCUUGUGCGGGGACCCAGC